CUAGCUAAACGCUGCCAAGCAGCAGCACGUGUAGAUUCCUCCAAUUGUUUAGUUUAAUUUUAAUUUUAGUAAAUUUUUUACCUACCAAGAAAAGUUAAAGAUUGAUUUAGCAAUGACCGAAUCGGAUUCACACCAGUUUAGUGAUGCUGAGGAGGACGAGGAAAUACCCUACAAGAAUAAUUUGGUAAAUAACUUUAACAAGAUGACAUUGAAACAUGUCACGUUUAAGGACAUCAAAGAGGAUGUUGCACAAAACGACGACUUAAACCAAAAAAGUGGUGACCAAAGUCCGGAAGAGCAGAAUGAGGAUGACGAUGAUGACUAUGACUACCACGAAGACAGUGACGACACAUAUGACUAUGAAGAAUCGUACACAGGCUACCAAAAGCACAAUGCUCAAACGGCUCAAAUUUCUCUCAACCACACUGCUGGCGGAUCUGCGGGCACCGCAAGUGCAAGUAGUGCUUCGCAAGCAAAGCGUUUGAACAGCUUUCAACCAAAUGAAAAACUACUGCGACGUUACUCCGCACGUAUAAAUGUAGAAAAAUACGAUCCUAACGCAAAUAUGAGUGCGCAGGCCGCCAAUAAAUUAGUUACAUUUGAUCGCCGUCAAGAAGCUGAACGUGUUCGCGUACGUGAUAAGCAUGACCGCGCCACUGCCGAACAAGUGAUGGAUCCUCGAACGCGCAUGAUACUGUUCAAACUUUUAAAUCGUGGUUUCAUACAAGAAAUCAAUGGCUGCAUCUCAACUGGCAAGGAAGCAAAUGUUUAUCACGCAGUCUCGAAGGAUGGCGACGAGUAUGCUAUAAAAAUCUAUAAAACGUCCAUACUGAUUUUUAAAGAUCGUGACAAGUAUGUGUCAGGUGAAUUUCGUUUCCGUCACGGCUAUUGCCGCCACAAUCCACGCAAAAUGGUACGUACCUGGGCAGAGAAAGAGAUGCGUAACUAUCUGCGCAUGCAUAAUGCUGGUGUGCCUGUGCCCGAACCACUGCUGCUGCGCUCACAUGUGUUGGUGAUGCGUUUUUGUGGCAAAAAUGGUUGGCCCUCACCGAAGUUGAAAGACGUUGAAUUGACCACAUCAAAGGCGCGUGAAUUGUACCGCGAAUGCGUGGUGCUUAUGUGGCGUAUUUAUAACAAAUGCAAAUUAGUGCACGCAGACUUAUCAGAAUUCAAUAUAUUGCUGCAAGAUGGACAGCUAAUAAUUAUCGAUGUGAGUCAGUCAGUAGAGCACGAUCAUCCGCAUGCAUUCGACUUCUUGCGCAAAGAUUGUGCAAACAUAUCAGACUUUUUUCGAAAACGUUCAGUGGCCACAAUGACAGUGAAGGAGCUAUUCGACUUUAUUACAGAUCAAUCGAUUACUGAAGAAAACAUGGAGGCAUGCCUAGAGCGUAUUUCUGAACAGAUUAAAGAUCGGGACUUUGAGGCAAUUACGGCGCAAGAAAAAAUCGAUGAAGCUGUUUGGCAGAACACGUAUAUACCAAAACGUCUAGAUGAGGUGCGACACUUUGAACGCGACGUGGAUAAGGCGAAAAAAGGCGUGAAACAAGAUCUUAUCUAUGGCAAAAUCACUGGCUUAAAUGCCGAGCUAAAUGUGCAGAAAAAGCCAGAUAUUCUUGUACAGGCUGAAACAAUAGAAGAUGAGAAUCUAAAAAAUUUGCAAGAUAAAGAAAAUAUUGCGGAAAAUGCAGGUCAAAUAGUCGGCGGUUCUACUGGCUCAAGUGAUGAUGAGGAAGAUUCUGAGGCUGAGGGUAACACAAGUUUUGUGAAGUCACCACGUCUACGCGAUGAAUCUCCUAAUAGUAAAAAAGCGCGGAAGAAGGCUGUCAAAGAGGCAAAGGCAGAAAAGCGCAAAGUAAAAGUGAAAAAGCAUGUCAAAAAACGCAAAGAAAAGUUGGCGAGUACGCGCAAAUGAGGCAUAAAGUGUAAUUUUUAAAUAGUUUUAUUUAUAUGCUUUUAAAAUAGUAAGUUUAACAUUCUAAAUGAAAUUAGAAGACAAAAAAAAAUAAUAA